CUGCAACGCGCAUUUGAGGCCAUAGUGUCAAAAUCGCGAGCAGACAACCUGCCGAACAGACUACUUCCCACGCCCAAAUUCUUCCGUAUGUUCGCCACAUUUUCCACGCCAUUGAGAUUUUCGAUUCUGCUAUCAUGAUCCUUCCACUUCUCCCCUCAUCGGUCUCAUGAGUAUAGAACUUACCUGACGACCUCCCCUCUACCACCCGAGUGAUCUUGGCCAGACUCAUCAUGGCCGAAUUCUCCAUGUACUCUGCCCUUACGCAUGCAGGAUCACCGCUGAACUCGCCACGGAACGAAGAACCUAAAAAGCAAGCACCUAAAUGGAGACCACAAGUUGCUCCAAGCCCUAGUGGCUAUCAGCAGACAGGCUCAUCAUAUGGACAGGCUGCGUCGGAUCAGACACAAGAGCAAGGCUAUUUCCCGACCCAACCUCCUCAAGCGCAGGCGAUGCAGGCACCAGCUGGACUACCUGGCCAGCAAUUGCAAGACCCCAUGGGUGGACUUGCACAGCAAAUGGGCGGUAUGGGAAUAGGUGCAGAUGUCCAGCCGAACAUGCCAGCGGCGCGGAAAAAGAAGGACAGACACGCAUAUCAUACACUGGAUAGCGGAGCAGGAAGCUCGCAGGGUUUCAACGGUAUCCCGCAAGGUGCUGGAUCGCAAUUCGUGCCUGCGCAGGGAGCACCAGGACCAUUUGUUGGACAGCAGGCCGGUUCUGCGAUGCCACAAUUUUCAGCUGGAGCAUCAAAUUCAGGGAUGCCACAAGCAAUCGGUCAUAUCCAGCAGAGUCCCGCUCCGACUGGCGCCCCAGCAUCAACAGCGUCAGGUCAAGUGGAUCCAGAGCAAAUACCUAGCAUACCUCGGUCAAGAGAUGGCCCUGCUCAAUAUUACCUCGAUCAUGUGUAUCCAACUAUGGAACAGCACCUUCCACCUCCCUCCGCUGUACCUUUCGUUGCGUUCGAUCAGGGCAAUUCUUCCCCAAAGUUCGCCCGUCUCACCAUGAACAAUAUCCCUGCCAAUGGCGAGGCUUUAAAUUCAACCCAUCUACCGCUCGGUUUAAUACUCCAGCCCUUGGCACCCUUGCAAGAAGGCGAACAACCUAUACCAGUUCUGGACUUUGGUGAUACCGGACCGCCUCGGUGUCGAAGAUGUAGAGCUUACAUCAACCCUUUCAUGCCAUUCCGCAAUGGAGGCAAUAAGUUCGUUUGCAACAUGUGUACGUUUGCAAACGACGUUCCACCAGAAUACUUCUCUCCGACGGACCCAUCUGGUGUUCGCGUUGACCGAAUGCAAAGGCCUGAACUCAGUAUGGGCACAGUAGAAUACAUUGUUCCAAAGGAGUACUGGACCAAGGAGCCAGUGGGACUGCGUUGGCUUUUCCUAAUUGAUGUGAGUGCAGAGGCUAUCAAUCGCGCCUUUCUCGACGGAUUUUGUGACGGCAUCUUGACUGCCCUGUACGGAGAGGAUGGCCAGACCAGCGAGCAAUCGGAAGGCAGAGGCGGGAGCCGGACAUCACCUCCAGGGGCCAAGGUUGGCAUUGUCACCUACGAUAAAGAAAUACACUUCUACAACUUGAGCUCCAGCCUGGAACAGGCUCAAAUGUUGGUGAUGCCGGAUAUCGAGGAUCCUUUCGUGCCUCUGAGCGAGGGUCUCUUCGUAGACCCCAUUGAGUCCAAAGCUAAUAUCACUUCUCUCCUGACCCGCCUACCCGAUAUGUUCGGCUCAAUCAAGAAUCCGGAGCCGGCGUUAUUGCCGACGCUACAUGCUGCAACGGCAGCACUGAAAGCUACCGGUGGUAAGAUUAUCUGCUCAUUGGCAUCGUUACCUACAUGGGGCCCGGGCCGACUCCAUCUUCGAGACGAUGGCAAGAUGCUUGACACCGACGGAGAGAAGAAACUACUCACCACGGAGCAUCCUGGGUUCAGACAAGUUGCGAAAAGUUUGGUUGAAGCUGGUAUUGGCGUUGAUUUCUUCCUGGCUGCUCCAAGCGGAGGCUACCUCGAUAUUGCGACUGUUGGCCAUGUAUCGGCAUUUUCAGGUGGCGAGGCGUUCUAUUACCCAAAUUUCCAUUCCCCUCGAGACUUACUGAAGCUCUCAAAGGAAAUUACGCAUACAGUGACUCGAGAGACUGGCUACCAGGCUCUGAUGAAGGUUCGUUGCUCGAACGGCCUGCAAGUCUCGGCCUAUCACGGCAAUUUCUGGCAUCACAACCUGGGAGCUGAUCUGGAAUUCGGAAGCAUCGACGCAGAUAAAUCAGUAGGCGUCAUGUUUAGCUAUGAUGGCAAGCUUGACCCAAAGCUGGAUGCACACUUCCAGAGUGCUUUACUGUACACAACGGCUGGUGGACAACGACGCGUUCGCUGUACUAACUUGGUAGCUAGCGUGAGUGAGGGCGCUAUUGAAUCCAUGAAAUUUAUCGACCAGGAUGCUGUCGUCAAUAUCAUCGCCAAGGAAGCUGCUGCCAGGAUAGGCGAGAAAACACGUACAGAUAUACGCAAGGCGUUGACCGAAAAGACCAUUGACAUAUUAGCCGGCUAUAGGAAGAACUUCUCUGGGUCUCAUCCUCCUGGACAAUUGGUACUGCCUGAAAAUCUGAAAGAGUUCAGCAUGUAUAUACUCGGUCUGAUCAAGUCGAGAGCAUUCAAGAACGGGAAAGAGCCAACAGAUCGCCGCGUCUUUGACGCGAGAAUGAUCAGGUCUAUGGGUACACUGGAAUUGUCUCUGUAUCUUUACCCUCGGAUCUAUUCCAUCCACAACCUCGACGAGAAAGACGGAUUUCCCAACGAGAAUGGCCACCUACGUAUGCCCCAGGCUAUACGAGCGUCCUAUUCGAAGGUCGAGGAAGGCGGCGCCUACAUUGUGGACAACGGACAGAUCUGUCUGCUUUGGCUACACGCCCAGGUCUCUCCAAAUCUACUAGAGGACUUGUAUGGGGAAGGCCGAAACUCUCUUAAGGUCUUGGACGCAUUUUCAUCUUCCAUACCGGUAUUGGAGACACACUUGAACGCACAAGUGAGGAACAUUCUACAGUACUUGGAAGGGUCCAGGGGCUCGAAAGCCAUGACCAUCCAGUUGGCUCGCCAGGGACUUGAUGGUGCGGAAUACGAGUUUGCUCGACUGUUGUACGAAGAUCGAAAUAAUGAGGCACAAAGCUAUGUCGAUUGGCUCGUACAUGUACAUCGGCACAUACAGUUGGAGCUUGCUGGCCAGCGCAAGAAGGAAGAUGCUGGUGACGCCGGGUUCACCGGACUGAGGACACCGUAUUGGAAUUGAUUUGGCUACCUUAAUCAUUAUGCGAACAUGAGCCCACGGCUACCGAAUCAGAUGAUUAUGCGUAUAUGGGUCCGUUUUUGUGGGUUCUGUAGAAGAUGGAGCAUCCCCUCACACCGUCCAUAGCAUGCAUAGUUUUAUAUAUGACUGUAUCCAUAUUGAAGAUGAUCAACCAACGUAGCAUGCUGCCUUGUGUUUGAUCAAAGGCAAUAUUAGAGUACUGCUACAGGAU